AUGUGGAGACAGUCAGCCUCCAUGAUCAGCGCAAGGGGGAACCGCCAAAGCAAGCCACCUUUAAUGGAGGAUGACGAAAGUGUCGCGGGCCCAUUCUCUCCGCGAAAUGAACGAAAUCCCAGUAAGAAAAAAAAUGAAGUUGGCAUUACCGUCACCGUUCGUAUCCGGCCCUUCUUGCAGCAGGAAAAAGUUGGGGAAACAGAUGGAAAGGGACGUAUGCUAAAUGGGCUAGAUGAGCCCGUCGUUGAUGUGGAUGCGGACGGCAAAACGCUUCUGCUGCGCGACCCGCAGAGUAGUGGUGGGUCUUCUCUCACCUUUGUAUUUGACACCAUUUUUUCCUCUCUUGCGCCUACUGUUGACCUGGGUGCUUCUGGCACCCGCAACCACGAGGGUACUGGGUCAAACAGGCAGAAAGGCUCCCCACGGCAUGUAGUGAAUGGCGCGGGGGGGACAUUAGAGCUCCGUGUCACCCCUGACGACGCUGGAAAUUAUGCUGUAGAGCAGCGAUGCAGCACCAACGCAAGAGAGGAGGAGCAGAAGCAGGUGUAUAAGAUGUUGGCCAUUCCUGUUGUGGAUUGGUCGCUUCGCGGAUUCAACGCAUGCAUUAUUGCCUAUGGACAAACAGGUAGUGGCAAGACCUACACAAUGAUGGGUACGCCAAAUUGCGAGGGGCUCAUUCCGCGCCUCUGUCGCCUGCUCUUUACUCGCAUUGCCGAAACUAAGAUGGUGGAACAGCAGUUGCUGCCAUCGUUGUUACCGAGCGCUAAAAACUCACCAGAGUGUAGUUUAUCCGAGCACAGCAGCAGAGCGAAAAGUGAAGUGGGCGAUAGGUAUGCGCAGACGCUGGAUGCGUCCAUGUCAUGUCUGAAUUACCCUGUGGAUGCGCGUCUAGCGAAAGUGACCAUCUCCUUUAUGGAGAUUUACAAUGAACAGGUACGGGACCUGCUUAAGCCAGAGCGCAGAAAAGGUAACAUCUCGCAGUUCAGUAGUCGGUUUCACUCGGAUCCCAUGGACGCGUAUGAGACGCUGAGGGUUCGACAGCACCCCUUGUACGGUCGGUUUGUGGAGGGUCUUACCACCAUUGAGGUGGAUGACUGGAGUAAGUGUUUGAUGUACAUCAAGCAGGGAAACGCCGUGCGGGCGCAGGCGAGCACCAAGCACAAUGAGAACAGCAGCCGGUCGCACGCCAUCUUUCAGAUAGCUUUGACGCAGACAGUUCACCUCGGCGGACGUGUGCGCGGGAAAGAGGUGACGACGCACUGCACCUCCAGGAUUAACCUCAUUGACCUCGCCGGGAGUGAGCGGCUGCAGAACAUCAGCAGCAAAAAACAUAUAGUUGCCGAGACCAACGCCAUCAAUUUGUCCCUUUCCGUCUUGCGCCGUGUCAUCACUGCGUUGGCGAACCGGGAGAAGUUAGUGCCGUACCGUGAGAGCAUCCUGACUUACGUGCUGGCGGACAACUUUGGUGGCAACUCCCACACCAUCAUGUGUGCCACUAUCUCCCCACACCACUCAAAGUCUGCGGAGACGGAGUCCACGCUGCGGUACGCCUCUCUCGCCCGUGGUAUCGUAAAUAGUGUGAAGGUCAACGAGAAGCCACACGCCAAAAUCAUUCGCGAGCUCAAGGAACGCAUGAAACAACUGCAGGAGAAGCUACGAGGUCAACACGACGGGGAGCAGGUGGUUGCGUUGGAGGGAAAGAUUAAGGAGAAGGCGUACGCCCUCGAAGAACUGCGCCAGCGGGAGGAGGAACUGCAGACUAUUGUUCUCGCGAGUCGCCAGCGCGAGAAGAAGUUGCUGGAAUAUCUGAAGAAGAACCAGGCUGCGAAGGACAUGUGGAGACAGAAGGCGCAGAAGCUCAAGGAAGAACGUACCCAACUUAUCAUGGCCGUGAAGGAGCGCGCGCGGCUCUUCCCAGAUCUUGCUGUAGAGGACAUUAUUAAACUCGCCAACGAAGGCAGUGAGACGGAGAGUGAAAGCGUGCCUAGUACCACCUCUUUGGCGUAUGCGUCGCUGAGCCAAGAGUGUCUGCCGAAAAUAAUAAACGUUGCAUCGAAUUAUGAGGAGGCUCUCGAGUACCCCAUCAGCUCCCGCCCAUCGAUGCGAAUAGGACAGAGACACCAAAAUGUGGGUUCUUUCGCCUGCAAUGCGUCUUCUCGUGUCUCUUACAGUGGGGUUAACAGCGAGGCUAGCGAGAGCAGGGGUAAAAGUUUAGACAGCGUCAUUAGUCAUAGCAGAGGCGGUGAUGAAAAACGCUUCUUUAGCGUAACAAGAAAAUCGUUACCACAGGAAGAAGAUGUGUCGUUCCUGAUGACACCUCGCCCGCACCCCAUGUCCUUCUCAUCGAGUCCCAAUGGGGCCAACGGCGUAGCUGUUCCUUGUAUGCCUUACUCUUUGAUGCAAGAUGAGAGGUCCAAGGAAAUGGUAAGCAAGUCUUUUGGUCGCAGUGUGAGGAAUGCAGACAAACGAAAGGAUGUCCCAUUGAAGUUGACUCCGUUGCAGGUGCCACACACGCCAGAAGCGGCCGGUGCUAUGAAGAAUAAGACAGAACGGGGAACCUCUGGCCGCUCAGUAUCACGCAAGCCCCGCUCGGAAGAAGGGUUUCAGUGCAGGAUGCGUGGCAGAGGUUCCUCUUCUGGUGAAACAACUAGGCGGCUUGCUCCAUCCAAAUCCCCUUCGCUGCGGGCGUUGAACCCCACGGAGAAGAAGUACUCCGGUUCUCGCUCCCUGCUCACAAAAAGACAUUAG